ACGGAAACUGAGCACACAUUUUACAGAAGCACUGAACAUCACAUCAAGGGAAAAUACGAUUCAGGACGAUAGUGUGAUUUGAUGGCUCCUGACAACAUGUCAAAUUAUGGGUUUAAAACUCAAACAUCCGUGCGUUGGAUUGGAGCUGCUGCAGUGUGUAUGGGGACGCUGAUUAUAAUCCUAUGCAUAGUGGCCCACAAUUCCAGUGUUCUCAAUCACAAUGACUCAAAGUGGGAACAGCUGAUCUCUAGCCUGACUAUGGACAGAAACACUGAGAGGGAUGAGCUAGAACAAAGAAAGAUUAAUUCCGGCAACCUGACAAAAGAGAUGGAGGUUCACAAUUCCAUCGUUCUCAAUCAUAUGGACUCAAAGUUUGAACAGCUGAUCUCUAACCUGACUAUGGACAGAAACAUGAGGGAGGAGCUAGAACAAAUUAAGAUGAAUUCCAGCAACCUGACAGAAGAGCUGGAGGUUCUGCAGAGCAAAUACAACGCUAUGGCUGCAAGUCAAGAUGAACUACAAGAGGAGUUAAAAGGGUUAAGGAAACGUGUCCCUUGCCUCCAAGGAUGGACAAGAUUCCAAGACAAGUGCUACUUUUUCUCUGGUAGGAGCGCGUCUAAAACCUGGCAAGGCAGCAGACAAGACUGUCAAGCGAGAGGAGCCGACCUGGCUAUUAUAACCACCCAAGAAGAGCUGGAUUUUCUCAGCAAAACUACUGUCAUAUCCUGGAUCGGUCUGUCUGACAUGGUGCAAGAGGGCGAGUGGAAGUGGGUGGAUGGGACUGAUCUGGUAGGUGUCGGAUUCUGGAAAAAGGGGGAGCCCAAUAAUCAUGGUGGAAAUGAGGAUUGUGUUGAGCUGACGCAUUCAGAAAAGAAAUUUAAUGACGCCCCUUGUAAUACAGAAUUUGCAUGGAUUUGUGAGCGUUAGUCACCCAUUCUCUUCUCUCCUCUCCCCAUACAUGUUUUUUGAUUCAACUUUGAUUACAACGCCUUGAAAGAGAGAUGUUUAGUUUUUUUGUAACCUAUGUUUGUCAAAAAGCCCUUCAAAUGUAAUGUUUUUUCUAAAUUCAAUCUAUGAAACAAAUGGCACUAAAGAAGUUCCCUUAAUGUUCACAAUAUUGCUUGGUAAUCUUGUUCUUUCUUUUUCAAUCAUUAGCCAUUUAAGCAAAAAGUACAAUGCACAAUCUUGUAUCUUUUGAAUGUUUUCUUCUACUCCUAAAAUAAAAACAUGGACAACAGAAUGAAGAUCUGUUUUUUAUA